AAUAUGUGUGUGAGUGAGUGCAUAUAUGCUUGCAUUGGAUCCUUCGCCGAAGUGGGUCUCAAACUUUCUCUCUUUCUUUUUAAGAACAUCUCCGUAGCUAACCUCCAAAACAAGGUUAAGAAAAACACACAAAAUGAGGCGGUGAAUUUGAUGAAUUCUGUUGCUUUUCUUCCUAUUUGUAUGUCAACAACCAUUGUUGUUCCUCAAUUAAGCUAUGGGCGUUUCUGAUCCAGAUCAAUUGUUUCUCUCUGAGAAAGACUUGACAACCAUGGAUUUAAACUUCUUGGUAAAACCCAUGUUGGAGUUUCAUCAGAAAGAGUGCCAAAUUCCACCCUUGAACGAAGAUUGUAAUGAUCAUGAUCAUCAUGAGCUGCUUCAUCAGAAACAACAAGAAGAAGAAGGAGGAGGAGGAGGAGGAGGUGGAAAGAAGUACGAGUUCAUGGUUUCUUCUUUAAACCUGAAAUUACAACCUCCACGGGAAUUCGGGUGUGACGAUAUUGAUGAUCAGAACGAUGGGUUCAGGACUCCAACAUCUUCGGAUCACAAAAUCCCAGUUGUCCUUCAAUGCCCCCCUGCACCAAGAAAGCCUAGAUCACUCCCAUCAAAGCGAAAAUCGUCUUGCCAAAGAGUACUAGUACUGGAUCUGUCAAAGGAGAUUGAGUCUUUGUUCCCUCCAAACCUUGUUGGUAACAAGAUCAAGAAAGUCAGACAAGAAAGCCAAGACAACAAAUGAGUCCAGUCCAUAUAUGUUUGAUAGUAUAUAUGUAUGAUUGGUAGUAUAAAUUCCUUUGUAAUUUGACCUUAUGUUUUUUCUCGAUCAUCAAUCGUAUAUUAAUCAUUUUCUCCUU